AUGGCGGUUCUGUCAAAACUGCUGCCGCCCGAACGCUCUAUCAAGCAGGUGCUCUCCAGCCUAACGACCCUGUACCUACAGAACCGGACCCGAAUCUCACGCGCCGUAUACCUCGCCCUCUUCGCAGCGCUCGCGAAACGAAUUCAUAAUGCCAUAUCUGAGCAGAAAGCCGCAUCACGACAAGUCGAGCUGCGCCGACGGCCCGGCACCAGCAGUCUCGGGGAUGACGAACAACCCCGCAAGAAGCGCGUGGAGAUCAACCGGGAGUUCUUCAAGAACUUGCUUCGCUUGCUGAAGAUCGUUAUCCCCGGAUGGCGAAGCAAAGAGAUGCGACUGCUGGUGAGCCACAGCGUGUUCUUGGUGUUGCGGACGAUGCUUAGUCUAUAUGUCGCCGAGCUGGACGGGAGACUCGUGAGCAACUUGGUGCGCGGGAGAGGGAAGGACUUCUUGCUCGGGCUUUUCUGGUGGAUGAUUGUGGCUGUCCCUGCCACUUUCACUAAUUCGAUGCUCGCCUACCAUCAGUGCAAACUUGCUCUGAGCUAUCGCAAACGGCUCACGGAUUAUAUUCACGAGAAAUACUUGUCUAAUAUGACUUUCUACGCUAUAUCUGCGCUGGAUGAUCGGAUCAAGAAUCCGGAUCAACUCGUCACGGUCGAUGUGUCUCGUUUUUCGGACAGUUUGGCAGAAUUGUAUUCCAACUUGGCCAAGCCUAUUCUCGAUAUGGCUAUCUACAACUACUCGCUGUCUAAGAAUGUGGGAGGCGAGGGACUGUUUAUUAUGAGUCUGCUGGUACAGUUGUCGGCAAACGUCAUGCGUAUGCUGACUCCACCAUUUGGCAAAUACGUUGCCGAUGAGGCCCGACUAGAGGGAGAAUUCCGUUUCCUUCAUUCGCGGCUUAUUGAUUAUAGUGAAGAAGUAGCUCUCUACCAUGGCCACGAGGCCGAGAAGGAUACCCUUGAUAAGGGUUAUUUCACUUUGAUCAAGCACGUGAAUCGCAUUUUGCGCAGGCGGCUUUAUCAUGGAUUCAUGGAGGACUUUGUGAUUAAGUAUUUCUGGGGUGCCAUGGGCUUGGUACUUUGCAGUGUGCCUGUCUUCUUCAAGAUUCCUGGUCAGGCCACUCAUAGCAUGAGUGAUCAUACCGAAAGCUUCGUUACAAACCGUCGGAUGUUGCUUUCCUCGUCAGAUGCCUUUGGUCGAUUGAUGUUCUCUUACAAAGAAAUCUCGGAGUUGGCUGGCUACACUUCACGUGUUUCCUCAUUACUAGAGGUGAUGGACGAUCUCCUCUCUGGGAGAUUCGAGAAGAAAUUGGUAUCUUCCGCUUCAACAGAGGAAAAUGCCGAGGUGCUCUCUGGUCGAGGUACAGUCACGGAAAGCGAUAUGAUCGAAUUCACCGACGUACCGAUCGUAUCACCAAACGGUGAUGUGUUGGUGCGCAAGCUAUCCUUCACAGUUAACCCUGGCGAUCAUCUUCUGAUCGUCGGACCAAAUGGGUGCGGCAAAUCGUCUCUCUUCCGAAUCCUAGGCGGACUCUGGCCAGUUUACGGAGGGACAGUCAAGAAACCCCCAUUCCAGGAUAUUUUCUACAUUCCCCAGCGACCCUAUCUGUCCCGCGGGACCUUGCGACAGCAAGUAACCUAUCCAGAUGGAGUGCGUGAGAUGCGUGCCAAGGGUAUCACUGACGAGGAUCUCUACGAGAUCCUAUCCGUCGUUGAGAUCGCGUCCGUUGUAGAUCGCCCUGGAGGCUGGGACGCCGAAGAAGAAUGGCGUGAUGUGCUGUCUGGCGGCCUGCAGCAGCGCAUUGCCAUGGCUCGUUUGUUCUACCACCGGCCCAAGUUUGCCAUUUUGGAUGAGUGCACGUCUUCCGUGACCCUAGAAAUCGAGAAAGUCAUGUAUGAGACUGCCAAGAAACUCGGCACCACUCUCAUGACUGUUUCGCACCGACGCAGUCUCUGGAAAUACCACCAGAAGAUCCUCCAGUUCGAUGGACAGGGCGGUUACAUCUUCACCGGCUUGGACUGGGAGCGGCGCUUGAAGCUCGAAGAUGAGAAGGAAGAGUUGGACCUGCAAUUACGGGCAGUCCCGGAGCUGCAACGUCGGGUUGCCGAAUUGACGUCUUGA